AAAAAUAAUUAUCUUCGAUCCUUAUCGCAUAUACACUCGCCCUACAAUACUACGUCGUCGCUGAAAGUCACAUCCUUAUUCUACUUCUUUCCUCUUUUUACUAACCAGAGCUUGCAAGAUGAACGGCUUACCUGGAGCUGGAGCUGGAGGUCCUCCGGGACCGGGACAAUAUGACCCCAACGAUCCUAACAUCAAGCGGUUAAAUGCAAUGAUGGAGUCCUGCUUCGGCAAAGCCGCCGUCUCUGGCGUAAUGGGUUUCGGCAUGGGCGGACUCUUCGGAAUGUUCAUGGCCUCCAUGUCCUACGACACACCCUUCCACACCCCCGGCGGUCCGGGCACAACCGCCCAACCCAUAACCUCGCUCCCCCUACGCCAACAACUAAAAGUCGGCUUCAAAGACAUGGGAACACGCUCCUACAGCACAGCCAAAAACUUCGGACUCGUGGGUCUCAUGUUCGCGGGUAUAGAGUGUGGGAUCGAGGGAUACCGCGCUAAGAACGAUAUGUUAAACGGUACCGCUGCGGGAUGUUUGACUGGUGGAAUAUUAGCGCGAAGCGGUGGACCUACGGCCGUUGCGGGUGGAUGUGCCGCGUUCGCGGCGUUUAGUGCGGCGAUUGAUGCGUGGUUGCGGCAGCCGAAGGAUGAUGAAUAGAUGGAAGAGAUUUGAAAAUGAGGGUGUAUAAUUAAAACGAUAUACAUGAGGACAGCUCCUAAAGCGGCUUCUCGGUAUUGGAAUGGCGUUGGGUCGGGGCUUGCAUAACAUCAGAGGCGUUCCGGUUUCCGCGGGUGUAUAGAUGAAAAGGGGAUUCGGUCACAUUCUCCACUUACGAUCUCGAUGUGUAUAGAAGUUAUCGCGGAGUAACUACUCUGGUCUGGUGCGAUAUGCCAAUCGAUAAACCAGCGUUAUAUGUGAUACUAAUGACAAUGUUCACAAACGCAUCCCCGUGCAUUAGAGACUUUUUAUAGUCUAUUAUUAAUGGAGUUUAGACGACUCAAGUGAAAGCUGUGUAUAUUACGUUUACUAUGGCAGCUAUUGCAUAC